UCUUCAAGCAAGAAGUUCAACAACUGAGCAAGCUCAACAUCAAACUCUGCACAACUCAAAGAAAAUAGCAGCAACAUAUUUCCUGUCAAAAUGAUUUCCAACAUCGUACUAUAUGUACAAGUAUACUGGAUGUGACUUAGGUACAUUAUCUUUCAAAAGAUUUACUUGCAGGAAUUAGAACAUUGUAAAUCAGCUUGUGUUACAGCAUGGCAGAAAUUGGCAAAUCUGGGAACAUCAGUGUCAAGAACAAUAAAGCUGAUAUCCAGUCAAAGUUACGAAGGCUCUCUUCUCGUGCUGCACAAGCCUCCUCUGCUGCUCGUAAACACUCAGCUAAGUCGCAGAUAGAGGAGUUAAAACUCGAAAACCAAGCGUUGAAAGAAAAGUUAGAACAAGAGACAAAGGCUAAGCAGCAAAUCAUGGACACAUUGCAGAGUCUAGCGACAAGAAUUCUAGAAUAUGUAGAUACUGACGAACUGAGGUCUCAUAUAGACUCUGAUGUCAAUUCAGAAGCAGACAACCAUAACCAUCUAUCAUCUGAUGUGGAUUAUUCAGAACUGCCCGCUUCCAAGCUCCUUCAUAUGUUCACUGUCCUACUGGAAGACAAGUUUGGGGAAGACAGCGACCAUAUGGUAACUAGACUGGAAGAACUGGAGACAAGAGUAACAGAACAAGCUCAGGAUAUAGCAGAGCAGGUGUUACUGAGGAUGAAAUUACAACAUGGACUAGAUGAGCUGGAACAAUGCAAAACCAUACAUGAUGUACAGGAGAAAAUUUAUGAGAUGAAAUUUUCCAUAUUGAAAUGUUACAAUGUCAAAGAAGAUAGCCAUUUGGAGAAUAGUGAUGUAUUAGAUGGUCCAGAGAUGUCCAAACCAGUCCAAAUCAACCUGGAUCCUCCAUCUGUUAAGUUACCUGCUGAAACACACAUUCGUCUUCUGCAUCCAGCUGUGAGAGAGAGCAUCAUCAAGGAUCUGAGCCACUUCAAAGUAAAUGGUGCAGACUGGCGCAUGUUUGCUCACCGUGUGGGUAUUGCUGAUGUCACCGUUAACAAGUGGCAGUGCCAGCGCUUGGCGAGACCCAUGGAAGAAGUAUUGAAUGAGUGGAGUAAGAGUAAAGCAGCCAGUGUGCGCAUGCUACACAGACAUCUUCUGUCCCCGCAGUUACGCUCUCGCGUUCUAGCAAAGAGAGUGGCAGACUUUUAUAAGGUUGAUUAGUCAGACAUUGACCUGGAGAACAGUUGACACUUCUGCUGGAUAUUCUGUUGUCAAAUACCCCAGGAGCAGACUAUCAGCGUCAUCUUCACUGUACUGGUUGAUUGUCAUAAUUGUAAGAGCAGGAACUGACCACAUGGCAUCUUUGUAGUUUCAUAUGUUACCCAUGUCAUAUAAAGUCAUUGUAUACAAUGUCCUGGCUACCUCGAUUGGAAAACAGUUUAUCGUUCUGUCUGACGCAGUGGUGGCAUUAGUGGAUGGUUAUACUGUUCAUGGCUUGUACAGUGCACGCUAGUGCAUAGGAGGUUU